AACUCACCUCCCCUUCCCUCUCCGUGCCGCUCGAACUCGUUCUCGUCUGUCUCUGCCGGCUUCCGUUUAGCUUGUGUAUGAUUUUUGCACCUGACCUUUGAAUUUCCUCGCCACUGGUUUCCAAUGCAAACCGAGACGAAAUCUCCAGCGGUGGCCCCGGAAGCCGAGAUGGAAGGCCCUGUGGAAGCCAGGAAAGAGUACAGAUGCGUGAGGACGUCGCUGAGCAAGAAGAAGGAAGCUUAUUCCAGCUACAUCGCUCACGUCCUCAAGCAAACCCAACCCGAACCCCGUGGGUGGGGCCGGGCGGAAGGCAACCUGGAGUCCCGGGACGGCCAGCUGCUGGAACGGGUGGCCGGGGAGGCCGUCAGACUCACCCACUCCAAGCGGCGAAGGACGGUCACCAGCAGGGAGGUGCGAGGGGCUCUGGAACUGGUCCUGGCGGAGCUGGUCGAAGAGUAAGAAACGGCUGUCCACGAGGGACGCUUAACGGCGCUCACUUUAUCCCUGUCCUCCUGAAUAAAGCUCUUGGCAUUUUAGUGAA